CCUGUCGUUUCCACUGGUCACCCUGAACACGGCGGCGGAUCCUUUCCCCCUACCCUCAGUUCCAUCGUUUGGCUGCAUUCAUGGUCUCCCUGCUCUCUCGCGCGCCCUACCUCGCGUACCUCCCCAAGCCCACCUCCUCCUCGCUGCGGCCGCCCCAGCCCGCCAUGUCGUCGUCCUCCGCCGCCGCCCCUGUGGAGGCGGCGGCCCAGCCGAGGAAGCUGCCGGUGCUGCUGUUCGAUGUCAUGGACACCCUCGUCAGGGACCCGUUCUACCACCACAUCCCCGCCUUCUUCCAAAUGUCCAUGAAGGAACUACUAGAAAGCAAACAUCCAACGGCAUGGUCAGAAUUCGAGAAGGGACUGAUUGAUGAGACCUGCAAUGCUGGCGUCACGUGUCCCAGGAGCACAGGGGCAGCUCGAAACACUGCAGUUUUUCUAUUUGCUGUAACUUUACAGACUUGCGAGGCUCCCAGCUGCAGAACUGGCAUCGGACGCCACGCGCCCUGUGAAGCACGGAGAGGAGUCCAAACGCUAGUAGCUUUCAAGAAACCCGAUAAUGAGCUGGCCAAAAAGUUCUUCAAUGAUGGCAGAUCUUUUGAUUUGGAAGGUCUCAAAGAGUGCAUGGUGAGAGCAUAUGAGUACAUUGAUGGUGUCGAAGAUAUUCUUUGCUGUUUGAAGAAAAAUAACUAUGAGAUGCAUGCUUUUACCAAUUAUCCAGUAUGGUACCAGUUAAUCGAGGAUAAGUUAAAGCUCUCAAAGUAUUUGUCCUGGACAUUUUGCUCUUGUAGAACUGCCACCUGAGUUUCAGAGCCUAGCCCAAAUUCUGAAGAUUUGAAAUGCCGAGGCCCCCGAGGUACAUGAUUGGAUUCACACUCCACAAUUUCACCAAAAACACAAUGGAUGAUUGGGUUGUAUGAACUAGCCUUUAUCACCUUGAAUGUACAUGCAUUAAUAAAGAUUGGGCCUUUAUGGCCAUAUAUGUAUAUGAGGUGCAUAUUUUGGCCUUUAAUUUGAGGUGGACAAGUGAGUUAUAUUACCUCGAACACACAAGCAUGUCCUACAACUCAUAACAUACAGAUAGCUGUAUAUAACAGUGUCCUGCAGUUAUCCAUUUCAUGACAAUUUAAUGGUAGGAAAUAGCUAACCAUUAUGUAUAUUCGUCACUUCCAAGCAUAUAAUUUUCCUCACUGCAAAGCUGAAGUGGAAGCUUUGUUGAUAUUCCUUUCUAUGGCAUCUUGCUGGUCCAGAGAAACUAACUCUACAUCUAUAUGUAUCUGAUUUGUUUGAACUGAAUGUAGAAGUUUUGGUUAAGUAUAUAUCAGGAGAUGGAAUGCAGAUGGUUCAUGCAUAAACAAGUUCUGCACUUCAAGUGACUAGUGUUAACUACAAUUAAACAAUGGGUCCAUGGCUGCUUAAUAUAAAUGCUUGGCCAUUA